CGUAGCCAGUUAGCAACCACACACCACACGAGAAAUUCUUCAGCCGUUCCUCACAUUCCCUCCCGUCCAUCAUCCACACUUACGUAGUUCUUUGGAGCUCUCAAUCUCAACACAACGCAAGGUACCGCAGUCCGUUGCAGAACUUGCUGAGGCACAAUCGCAACUAGCUCAGAUUGCUCUCAGGAGCACACCUGCACAGGCCUCCUCCUACCAUCUCCCAAACAGCCAGCUUCAUCCGCGCUACUUGAGCACACUUCUCGUCCGUCCGCGGGCUCGAGUGCCAAUUCCACAAGCAGACCAAAGCUCAAGGUGCUCAGCGAACCCGCCAUGGCGCCGCAUUCAUCAUCCACAGGCAUGUCGAUCCCCAUACCUACCACCCGUUCCAUUCCCGCUCACAGCACUCUCUCCUCCUCCGACCUCCAGAGCCCCUCCUCCUCCGAAUCCCUCUCCCUCUCAUCCUCCUCCUCCUCCAUCCCCCACCUCUCCCCCCGCUCCCCUUCAGCCUCCCUCGCCAAACUCCGCGCGCAAACCGACGACUCUUCCGCCUUCCGCUGCUGCUGCAGCUCCACCUCCGCGGGGACUGCGCCAUCCGCGCAAGAACCGCGCCCGUCCGCGCAGAAGCUCCCCCUAUCCGAGGGCCUCAACCUCCCGUUCCUCGGCGCGGUCCGGUGGUCGGACCCGCCGCGCUUUCUCCGCGAAUUCGUGCGCGACCCGCUCAACGUGAUGACCCUCUGCACCGUCUCCCUCGCGAGCGCAAUGGUCGGAAUCAACUGCGCCAUAAUCUCCCAAAUCCCGCUCCUCCUCGGCAUCCUCACGCAGCCGCAGGCGGAGCUCUGGUUCGAGCUGUCCAAUCAGGUGCUCUGCGCGAUCGGCACGCUGGGGAGCCUCCUAGUCCACCCCUUGCGCUGCUACUACGUGCUCCAGGUCUUCCGCUGGAGCCCGCAAGACGCGGCGAGUCUGCGCGCGAUGCUGUCUAAAGCCGGCCCGUUCGUGCGCAAGCCCAAGGAGUGGCAGCACAUCGCUUUCGUCGUGUUCCUACUCCAAGUCAACUGCGUCUUCCAAUACGCGAUCGCGUAUUUUAUGUGGACUUCCGACAUGGUCUCCCGCCCCAUGGCGCUCCUCGGCUGCCUCGCGCUCUUCGCACUAGGGUCCGUCAUCGCCGCUGGGCUUUAUUGUCUCUGGAGCCCCCUCGGGUGGCCCACGGGCGCCAAGCCGCAGCCUACGGGGCGGCGCGGCGCUGCGGCCGGGGAAUGCGGCGAGUGGGAUGAGGAGGCGGGUCGCGAGAGCGAGGGGCUGCUGUCGCAGCGGUGCGAGGUUUGCGGAGGGGGCAAGGUUUCCGCGGGUUGCGGCGCGGUUGACGGGAAGAGCGGCAAGGGCGGCAAGGGCAAGGACGCGGACGACCUCAACGAGUGGCGUCGUGCCACGUGGCAGCCGGUGGGAGGCGCGCUGCGGCCGCAGUGGCAGGGCGGGCUCCUGGACUGCUGGUCGGACGGGUGGACGGCGGUAGCCGCCACGCUCUGCUGCUUCUGCGUGCACGGGUGGAACGCGGAACGAGCGGGGUUCGGCAACAAGAUCGUUCACACGGCCAUGUUUAUUCUCUUCCUAGUCGGGCCCAUGGCUAUGUUCGGCCCUGCUUCUGCCAUCCUCCCCCCCGGUCACAUGCAAAAUUUUGUGUUUGCCCUGGGAGUGAUUUCUACGGUUCUGGGCCUCACAUACGCGGGCUACUGGCGGUGGUACCUGAGGAGAAAUUUCCACCUGCCCGCGAGCGACUGGUGCUGCGGGCACGAGGCGGCGACGGACUUCGCGUCGUGGUACCUGCUGCCGUGCUGCGCGCUGUGCCAGGAGGUGCGCACCGUGCGGCGGUACAACUUAAGACUAGAGAUCCCGGACGGGCCGGGGAAGGAGGGGGGAAGCGCAGAGGGGGGUGUGCUGGUGAUGGGCGCACCGGGGACGCUGUGCAUGGAGGCGACGCCGAUGACUGUCGCCAUGGCGGAGUGACGGGAUGGUGAUAGGACGGACGAGUUUUGAGGCGCCUCAGAAGGCGAUGAUCGUGGAUAUGGCGGAUUGAGAGGAAGGUAGAGCAGGGGGGGUGGGGGCUAUUGUGGAGAGGGAUUAGCUGAUUGCGCUGUACAAGGGCUGGUUACGGUGGGCAGUAGGUGUGGUAAGGGUGGUAGGGUUGUGAUGGGAGGUUGGGAGGUAGGGCCCAGGUUCUUGGUAGAAGAACCGACUUCAGAGGGUUGGCAGCAGUAGCAGCAGUGCCAUCCACCAGCAGCACCAGCAGCAGAAGAAGCAGCAGCAGCAGGAUAAUCCUUAUCAUCACAACGACCACCAGCACCACCGCCAUCACAAGAAACCAUUUCCACCACCAUCAUCACCCACCAUCACAGGCAGUGAUGCUGUUAACACAAACGGUGCAGCAGCAGGCUGGUGCGUUUCUGCGAGUCCGUCCUCCCCUCUUGAGUGCAAAAGGGCCUCCUGCACUGUACGUCAUCACCAACCUCCGUGUUCGUGGGUGCACGCCAUCACGCACUCGUGCAACCACGCCACAGCAUGGGCCGGCAGGUCCUAAGGUGCUAAGGUGCUAGCCUUACCAAUGUCAGCCUCUGCUCACCUUAUUUAGUAACCCAGUUAGCAGCCCCCCCUCCCUUCCCCCCCCCCCCCCCAACACCAUUUUCUUACCGUACCAUGAACCUAGGCUGUUUAAUUGUUAAUUGUUUCUUUUUCUAUAAAUACCUUCCAAAUGC